AUGACGUCCGCGACCCCUCCGAACAAGUUACCGCUGUUCUUACUGCUGGCCACCGCCGUUUUAUUCGUCUUGCCGCCCUCGUCUUACGCCACGACCACCGCCCCCGCCGCCGCCGGCGCCACCACCACCGCCACCACAGCCUGCCCGUCCGGAUGCAUGUGCUUCAAGACGACCGUCCGGUGCAUGUUCAUGCAGCUGGACGGCAUACCCGACCGCAUACCGCCGGCCACCACCGUGCUGUAAGUGAUCGUGUUCCGCUACCAUUUGGGUGGGAGGACCAACCCCUCCGCCCCUAAUUAAGUAGUAUUUUUGGACACGUUAUACCAUUUCAGAAAUGUUCGCUACUCGGCGAUUAUUAAAAGAGAUAGGAUAUAGAUGGUUUUUGCGUUUCCCCCCUCCCCCCCCCCUCCCAUUUAUCCUUUACAAUCCUAACUACAAAUUCGUCUCGUGUUUCGUGGAUUCAGAAAAUAGACAUUUUUUCGUUUUUGCAUAUUUAGCUAUAAACGCACGAGAAUAUUUAAAUUUUCUCGACCAUUAACGGAGUGCUUUCGUUGUGGUCAAAUUCACAGCAUAUACCUGUUCGCGUGUUCUACUACAAAAGCUAUUGCGAAAAAUCGCCCAUGUAAACGUUUAUCGUACGAUAUUAUUAUGUCUAGUGACGUUGAAGUUUGUUAUUUUUUAGUAUUUUAAAUUAUUGAUCCUCUUAUCUAUAUGAAUAAUUAUUAGAGAUAAUCAAUUUGCAUUAGGUGUUAUGAAAAUGUAAUAUAAAUAAUUUCUAAUUUCUAAUAAAUAACUCAUUGCUAGCAAUUUAAUUUAGAGAAUCAAGUUCUAAUUCACUCGAUUACCAAUUAAAAAUUGAGCACUUACUAUUUAUUUGGCUAUUUGUCGUGAAAUUGAUUAUUUUAUAAAACUAUUGAGCAUAUAUAGUAUUGAAAUUGAUCACAGGCAUAGUGAACUACUGAAAUUGAGUGCCUACAGUUUCCUUUUCUUACAUAUUGAUCCGCAGUUUUCGCAUUUUCCCAAGGGGAUGCGGCGAUUCCAAUUCGUAUUUUUCCGGUCGCUCUCGUCGAACAAACAAACGUCACGCGCCUCUUUUAUUCGAUAAAAAAACAAAGGUUUUCAAACACGGGCACCAAUAAUCUUAUAACAAUAGUAUUAUCCUCACAGAACGUUUUUCUACAAUAAAUUGGGGCGAAAGAUGGACGCUUCGUCGUCGAAAUGUAUAAAUAUUAUACAAACUAAAAGUGGACAAUAAGUUAAUGAAUACAGAGUGAUUUUGAACCAGAAAUUUUCUCGGAGGAUUUUUAGUGAAUUUGAUUUCUGUUUUUUUUUGGGGGGGGGUUGAAAGACAUUAUAAUUUGAACGGCUUAAGCCAUUCAGAUCGUCUGCAAUUAGGUUAGGUAUUAUGUCGUUUAGCAGUUUUCGAAAUUGAAUUUGUUUUUAUUGAAAAUUAUUAUACAGAAUUGACUUGAGCCCUUAUUCCCCGGACCAAAACAAUAAUAACAGCGAGGAGAAGCUAUAAAUCAUCCGUAGCCCGAAUAUCGUGUACCUAAACCGUACGAACAAUGCCGUGAAUAUAAAAAUGUUUUAAAGGGUCUGAAUUUCGAGGGUUUUUUUUUUUUUUUGUCUCUUUCUUUAUACGAAGCUAGACUAUAAGUCGCGCCGUAAGCCCGCGUUCGUUCACGUCCGCGCGUUAUUAUUAAUGCGAUCAUGUGUCAUCGACGACGUGCUUCCAGCAGCCAUAUUUUUUUAUUAUAUUUUUUUUAUUUAGCCGGAGAGCCGAUGCGAUAAUAAUAACGAUAUUAUUGUUACAACGCAUAUGACGAGACCGAACGAGUUCUCUUUGAAAUCGGUUCACGUGCCUAUCUACGAUACUUAUUCACGUGUAUCGAUGGUAAUAAACUCGCGUAAAACUCGCGGAACGGUUCGAGAAUUUAUUUCCUUGCAGGUCUCAAAAAAAAAAAAAAAUAAUAAUAACGAUACAGACCGGAGUGCCGGAGGAGUAACGUGAGCGCCCGCGGCGAGUUAAACAACUCCUGGUUGAUGUGGGGUACAUUGUUGUUAAAUAUUGUACGUUUUUCAAACCUCAUAACUUUUUUCGUACUGACACAGCGUCGGUUGUUGUACACGAGUAGGUGGUAUAAUGUGACACAACACUCUUCCGAUCCUUUUUUCGUUUUUUUUUUUUUUUUUUUACACCGAUUUCAUUGAAAAUCAACAGACAUGUUUUUUAUAGCCAGGGGGGAGGUUCAUGGGGUCCGGACCCUUCCCCCCGGAAUUUAAGCUUCUCACCAAAAAAUCAGAUUAUUCGUACAAUUAUUUGGUUGUUGGUGAUACAUUUUAUGUUUGGAUCCCCCAAAAAAUCCUGGCUACGUGCCUGGUUUGAGAUAAAGAUCGCGUACGGACAGACAGACACGGACAAGAUCGAAAUGUACGCUAAUUAAGAGGACGUUUACCCACAUAUUGUGCCGUCUCCGUCCUAUAACCGCGCGACUUAUCAACUUUUCGUUCAGCAGGAACAACUGUGCUGUCAAUUUUAAUAUUGGAGUGAAUUCACCCAUUGUCAAACUUGAAUAUAAGAAUAUUAUCUGUAUCGUGUCGUAUUUUUGUUUUCAUAAUUUAAAUUUUUAAGCAAGGUAUGAGAGUUUUUAAACCGUGAUAGUUCACAUACUCUGAGACAGCACGCGCGGGUAUAACGUCCGCACUAAAAAAUUCUCGAAACGUACCUAUUGUAAAUUUGAAACCUCAAAAAUAGAUUUCAGUAAAACUUGUAAUACCUAUAACAACAUCAAAAACGAAUUUCAAACGCAAAUCCGUUGUUUUUAGCGCAUACACAAUAUUGUAUUUUAACAUUAGAAACCGAUAAAAGUCGCAAAUUUAAUGAAAAAAUUAUUUCAACUGUUAGAAAAUGUAUUAUACGUUUGAAUAAACGUUUCGGUACUUGUACGCCCGUUGACGAUUAAUUAUGACGUGAACUUUUCGUAUAACAUUAUACGUAUACAGUUACUAUAUAAUGCCUGCACACGAUUCGACCAUUGUAUUGAGGGAUAAGACGUCACGUCUGAAUAAUAAGAAAUAAAUAUGCACGUAUAAUCAAUUGUUCUUAUUAAUUUUUCAAUUACUUUAAAUAUUUUACAUGCGUUUAUCGAUAGGUACGUAAGAAUUCCUAUACAAUUCCCAACGGAGGCUGCACGAACACACAUGCCGCACGCGUGUUAUCGAAUCAUAAUAAUAAUGAUGAUGGUGAUAAUACAUCAUCGGGUACCUAUAAUAAGAAUAUGUUUUGUACACUCGCACGUCUCGCACGUUAUCGUCUAUUUAUGCAGGUACUUUUCAAUACGCACGAACGUUAAUUUGGUUUUUUUAUUUUAUUAACGCACUCCGUUAUAUUAUCUGCACAGUGAUGAUGUUCAUCGCGCGUAAAUUUAGACGAAAAAAAAAGCGCGGAUAAAAUGAUAUUUUAAAUACGAGACCGUUGUAAACGAAAAAACGGUCCCGAGCGGAGUGUUUGUAGGUAGUCGGGUGUUCCCGUUGUUGCCAAAGCAACCCGAAAAUCGACAAUAAUCAAACAACAAAAUGCUGAAUUGCUGACAUUUUUCAAAAACGUUCCGGAUAAAAAAUAACCGGAUUGAAAUUCCGCAUCUUUUGAAGUUGCCGCGUCAAAAAAUCCGGCCUUAUGGUUUUACUAAUCGUAAAAGGAUUUACCCAAAGAAAAAAAAAAACCACGUCUUUAUUUUAAAAUGAAUACCGCGUCUUCAUCAUUGUACGCGGAAUCUGAAAUAAUUGACAAAAACAACAUAUCGUAAAACAUUUCAAAACCGAUGAGCUAGUAUACACAGUCGAACGAAUUACGACCGUUUAUCAAUUCAUUUCGAUAAUGUAUAUUAUAAAAAAUAUGACGUGAUGUAAACGAAGGCUGUACCGAAUACACCCGACACAUUCGUCAUGGUCCAUACGAAAAUACGGUGUCUACAGUGCAUUAUUAAUAAUAUGAUAUUAUAAAUAUUUAUAGGUGCACGUUGCACAUAUAACAUAAAACGAGUCGCGCACAUCGCACGCGGUGUCCGUAAUAGUACUCGUAUUUUUAUAAUAUAUACCUACAUCAGUUUUUGACGCGGACGGACGGAAAAAUUAAAUGUUUUUUUUUUUUUUUUAUUUUACCGAUAUACAUUUUUUUUCAAUUUUAAAUCGGGUAACUAUCUGUUAUUACCCGUAUACGGACGCACGAACGAUCUAAAACGAAUUCAUUAUAGGACCCGUGGACAAAUUACGUUCCACCGGUUCACACAAAUGCAUCAUGAUUGGUGUUGUAUCGUGUUGAUUUCGAGAUUGGAGCACUUUUCCCAAUACGGUGUGCAGUGAAGAGGGCGGGGGAAUUAAAUUGUUCCAACCUAAAGCGAAAACCUAAACCUGUUACCGUUCAAAUGAAUUCGGUAUAAAAGCCUAAAAGAAAAACCUAGUCGACGAUAAACCGUGAUAAACAGCGGGAAAAAACUGGACAAACUUCGUCGGGUAGUUCACAAAAAUCGGUUCACAAUGAACUCGAAACAAUACGCGAAUAAUUCGAAUAAAUAAAUUGUAGCAUAACUAUAAUAGGUAGCUGUAUAAUAUACUCGACUUCGCCCGGGCGGUAUUUUCUUAUAAUUAUUUUAUAUUGCGUUAUAUUUACUAUAAGUGGCGCCGAAACUAGCGAAGGUGGUGGACCUAUGGUGGAUAUCUGAGCCGUAAUAUUUAUCGAAUUAGUACGUAUGGAAUAUUAAUAUUAAGUGUGUUGUAUGCUAGAUUGUUUUUUAAACAAGGGUGGUGGCCUAUACAACUUUUAAUCUACUACGGAACACUAACACGGGAGCAGACAACAUGGAAUAUUGUCCGUGGGUAAAACGGGGAUCCGUGAUAUCGAUAAUAAUAUUGAUAAUCGAUUUUGGAUAAGUAGUCCGAGAGCCAAUCCAUUACAAAGAUUGGCAUGUCCACUUAUUUGCAUAUAAAUUAUAAAUAGAAGAUUUAUAAGCGACCGUAAAUACCAUUCCUUAACCGCUCCUCUUGGCAAGCGUCCUCAAAUGCGAAAACACGGGAGAGGCCUAUCUGUAUAUUUUAUGUUUACACGGGAUAAGGUCGCGAAAAAAAGAACGAAUUUCGUACAGUAUUCGGACGGAAAAGAGCAUUGGCAAUAAAUUCACAGGGGAAAUAAUAAAUUCUCGCGAGAGAGUUGUGCGUUUUUUCGAGAUUAAAAUAAGCACCCUACGUAAUUUCCUCCAGUCCUCCGACUAUCCGUGUUUAAAAAAAAAAAAAAAUCGCAUCGAUCGGUUACGAAGUGAUAAAACGACAAACAAACUAACGACCUUUCGAAUUUGUUGAUAUUAUUAAAAUUACUAUAUACUCGUUGAUUAAAGUAAAAACAAAUAAAUUAGUUGAAAACACGCAUAUAGAUGAUAUUGUAGGCGCGUAUACUGGAAAAAGUGUCGGGUGCGUUCAUCCGAAAAUGCGCAAUGCGGCAAGUAAUACGUGUAUGAGAUUUAUCGCAAAAAUAACGUUCCCGAGCAUAAUAACGAAUUCGGUAAAAUAUAGACACCUUCAAUUAUGUGUUGUAACCAAAACGAUUUAUACGUUUCCUGAACGAGUGUGCCUAUUACAACAAAUGGGCAUUCGUUAAAACGCGAGAUCAGUGUAUUAUUUUUUCCAAGUCUCUGCAGUAAUGUAAUAAUAUAUUAUCGUUAUACGGUUUGAACACCAAGCAUUAUUACAACGCCAAGAAACGCGUAUAAUAAUAUUAAGUGUAUGUGCCCCGAGAAAUAUAAUAUCCGUAUGCCUACUUAAUUUACGCGCAACUCGUAUAAUUUUAUCUAUACCUAUACGGAAUAAACAAUGAAUAAUAUUAUUUCCCGUAUAAAUAUAUCGUUUCAAGUCAAAGGUUACGAAAAAACGAAACGUUUAGUAUAAAAAAAAAUAGAUACUACUGCAAUAGAUAAAUGUAUAUAUGAUGUAAAACGACGUGUAAUAAUUAAAAUGAUAAGAAAUGAUUUUUAUUUUUAUUUUUAUUGUUUUUAUAUAAUUCGUUGGGAAUAUAAUUUUUGUCGAUGUUGAUUAGUUACCGCUCUAUACAAUAACUUAUUUAAGCGUUAACACUUUACGCAUUUUUAUAUUUAUGCUCAUUAUAUUGGUAGUCGUUACUGCCAGCACGGAAUAAUUCAAAAUGCGAAACUGUGGGUGUAUUGAAUUCGUAUUAAAAUAAUUCGAAAUAUAUAAAACUGAAUAAAUGCGUAGGUAUUCUAAAUCGAAUAAAAAUCAGAUUUUAAUAAAAUAUUGUUUGUCCAUGUAUUUUACUGUAUAAUACACAAAUUCGAAAUAAAUUUAGAAUUUUGUGUACACUAUUAGUGUUAUGCUACGCGUCUUUGCUCGUAUAGUCGUGUCAUUAUUGAAUGACAAAAAUAAUAAUAAUAAAAACGUGUUUUCCCGUGCCUCUCUGUUUCCAUCCCCGUCCCCGUCACUGUCGUUAACCGUAGUUGACGGUACAUUUUUAAAAACGCAUGUUCUUACCCGAGACAACACAAUUAACAUAUAAUAACUGUUUCGUUCAUCCAUGUUACCAAGGUAAUCCAUAAAUCAACAAAAACACCAAAUUAAAUUGUCGAAAUAAAAAGUAGAAUAAAACUACCUUCGUUUUGUUUCGAAUGUAAAAUCGAUGAGACUUAAUGAAAGUUUCACCAAGAUCGGAAUAAAAUUGUGUAUUCGUAAAUAACGAACAAAGAAAGAAAAAAUAACUAUUAAUUUUUAUGUACGAUAGGUAUAUAGAUAUAAUAUAUCGUGUAUAGAUUACAGAAUAUAGACAUAUACACAUUUUAAGACGGUAAUAGUGGUCCAUUAAAAAAGUCCUUACAAAAUAACAAUCAAAAACACGGAUGGGUCGUAAGCAACAAAAUCAUUAUUUUUGAAUUUUAAAUGAGAGAAUACAGAUUAUCAUGAGAUUGAAUAUCAUGGAAAAAGAGGAAUCAGAAGCAGUAAGAAUUGUAAUGCAAAUAAACGUAGAAAGAAUGAGGAGGAAAGGAAAACCGAAAAAGAGUUGUUUGGAUGCGAUUUAGAGGAUGGUGGUUAUAUGUGAGGACGAUGUGGGAGAUCAGGUCAAGUGAAAGUUUAGGACGAAGAAGAGAAAUUAAACAUUCAUACACAUCAUUAAUUAAUAUUGUAAAUGCGAAAAAGUUUGUUUAGAUGAAUAUUCACGCCGAAAUUACUGCGAAACGUGUUUAGAUUAUGUGACUUUGCUUAGAUGUGAUUCUAGACCAGGGAUAACGAAAUAUAAGCUACUUUUUCCUUUAAAUUAAAACCCUAAAGGGGGGACUACAUAGAGUUGUUGAUAUUUUUGAUACGAAAAUCGAAUUAUUUUUGUUGAUUUAUAGAUUACCUAGGUGAUACGGAUGAAAUAAAAAAAAGCUGAUACUGAGGGCGGGUGCGGCCACUGUUGUAGGUGGGAAGUUGGAAAGGUAGGAAUUAGUACGUUCUGAAAAUGAGUGACAACGUUUUCAUCAUUUUUUCAAGCUGAAUGCGUUCCACUGCGAUGUUCGUUUUCAAUCGACUCUCUGCCUUCUGAAUAUGCCUUAAAUCACCUAAAAACCUGGGCCCUGGAAAGUGCACUAUCUAAAAUGUUUCCGUCACACUGUGCCCAAGUAUGAAACAAAAUAGGAUAGCACACCGGCGUUCGUAAUUGUUGUCACUCAUUUUCGGAACGUAUUAAAAAAACCUGUUUACGAAAAUAAUCACUACGGACUAACACGUGACUCUAAGAAGUUCAAACUCGUAUUGAAGGCACAUCAGAUGUUUAUCUACAAACCUUUUUAAACAGAAAACCAUUAACUUAGCCAGAUAACAUGUUACGCUAUCAGUCUCAUUACUUUAUUUACAUAUCUCGUAGAGGAGAAUUUAAUUUAUAUCUGUACGCAAUAACUAAUCGGUGCUAAACGGUUUUGAGUGGAGCUCGGUCAACAGUAUUGAUUUUUCAACAAUGUGCGUUUACAGCAACGAUUGUUUGAUUGAAGAUUAAAAGAUCAAAAUAAUCAAAACGUAACAAUGACAACAAAUAAAUAAAAACAGUUGAUAACGAUAACCUUACUUUUAAUUUUUUUUAACCUAAAGAAGUUGUUUUUCCUCAUCAUCUUGAAUAUUAAAAAAAAAGUACAAAUCAUAGUAAAACAAAUAGAUAUCUUGCCUCACUCAGAAUCUAAAAAAAGACGGAUAAAACGAAAUAAUAAUUUCGUGAAAGGGUAGAAAUAGUUUUUGAGGAUACGUACCACGAACAGUAGUUACCAUCGAAACUGGUCACCAAGUUCAUUGUUGGAUUAUAACUGAUAACGUUGUCGUCAUAAGUUGAAUUUAAUAUAAUUUAUCGCGUUAUUGAUAGUUGUCAAAUUAAAAAAAAAAAAUUAAAAAAAAAAAUGAAAAAAAAAAAUCGUUAAAUAAUCUAGUAUUUUUAUUUGCAUUAUAUAACGGAUUUGUAGUUGAUUAUUAUAAUCAACGCAGAAAAAAAAAACUAGGUUUAAUCCGAUGAUUUGGAUGAUCAGUAUGAUCGUAACGCACAAAAGUAUUUCCAAAAACACUUUCAGUGCGUUUUUUUUUUAAAUUUUAUUAUCUGUUUCAAAAAAAAAAAAAAAAACAAAACGUGACGAGAAAAAAUAAUUUUUCUCGGAAAUCCAAUAAAAAAAAUACCACGAACACAAUAUGUAUCGAAAAUGUUGCUUUUUUAGCGGAAAGAAAACGGUCGACUAAUAAAAAAAAAAAAAAACCUACAUACUGCAGAUUCCUAUUACACACACGGGAAUAAUAAAAACGUCACAUGAAGCGAAUUUCGAACAGAAAAAUUAAUAAAAAAAAACCCGACAAUUGAUAUUGUGACGGCCCGCCUGGGAAGAAAGAUUGAAUUAUAUUUAUAUACUCAUUACAUAUUCAGUUAUCGUAUAGACAAAAUGUUCAUUAUUUAUUAUAUACUUCGUAUUGUAAUAUUAUUGUUCCUUCACAUGUGCACGAUUCGUACACGUCCUAAUAUGUGGAGUUGAAUAUUAUGGUUUUUUUUUUUUUGGCGCCACCCUGCAGCGAAAACGGGACGUUUUAUCAUAUAUUAUCGAGAGUAAAAAUAUAUAAACCGAUAGAAAAAUGGUUUGUAAUUGCGGAAUUAGCUGUACAUAUAGAUAUGCCUAACCGAAUUCGAAAUAAUAGACGGAGAAUAAUGUUUGAUUUUAUUGCCAUUAAAGCUGCGGUUGAUCGAAUCAGUAUGUUUUAGAUUUUGAUUGGAGCGAAGAAUGUAUUGGUUUAAAAAAGAUGUUUAUUAUUUUUUCUCGUUCUAGCACGUGGACACGUUUAUUCCUAGUAAACUUGCUUCGAUUUUUACGCGUAGCAACUUUUCUGGAAGCUCAAGUUGUUUAAAUGGUACUUUAAAGAAGUCGUUUUUUGAUUUACGACGCCAUUUUUUAAAUAAAAGCACUCCAGUGGGAAAAACGUAGGAAAACGUACAAUUAUACGAUGUAUAUUGUUGACAAAGCAUCACUAUCAACGGAACUCUGCUCAGAAUCGUUCUUUCGUUAGCAAUAGUUUAUCGUUGCUUACAAAUAUACAUGAAAUUCUCUUAUGAAACCUACUUUUUUAACUUCUCACCCACCACAGUAGCUGCACCCGUUUCCAUUAUCCUAUAGGACAGCUUUUUAUUAUCGCAUUUGAAAUAACUCACGUAAAACGUGCCUGCAUCGAUUCCGGAGUGUUUAUCCAUCGGUUUUUUCGGGCCUAAAAAACCAGAACAAAUACCAUACAAGCAUAUAAAUAAAAAUUUCCCCAUAUAUAUAUGUAUAUAAUAUCCUAAUAGUAUCCUAUCUUUCCAACUACACACCUAUAACAACGGCCUACCCGUCGGUAAUAGGUAUCGACUUUUUAAUUGCAUAUCCACCGUCGUGAACGAAUUCACGCCCGCUACAGCAUUACGGAUCGCUCAUUUCGCCGAUUAUAAUAAUAUCCGAUGUAGUUUCAAUUAUGACGUUUCACGAUUAAAAUCGUUAACGAUCCGUUAAUUUUUUACGUACCGUCGACGCAAACCCGUUCGUGUGUAAUUGUUUUUCUCGGAGUCAUUACAACACGUUCCUAUAGCCACACGAAAAAAAAAACAGCUCAUUUCGCUACCCGACCACGAUUAUUAUGGGGGCUUCGAGCCAAAACUCUUUUGACUCGUGUGAUAGGGGUUAAAUUUAUAAUAUAUUUCAUAGGCUAUAUCAUCAAUCAUCAUCGCGCGAUCCCCAUUUACGAAAAACAAAAAAAAAAAUGCCGAAUCAUUGGAUACGGUCCGGAUCAUCAUAAUAAUAUAAAACCCAUUCCACGACGUUUCAUUAUACGAUAUUAUAUCGGGUGAGCAGAAAGCGGUUUGUCAAAAUGUAUAAUAAUAUAAUAAUACGUGCAUUCUAUAAUAGGCCCUAGUAUAAUAUUCGUUUUAUUAAUCGUCAGUCUCGCAUAUAAAGUGUUGAUUACAAGAGAGAAAUGAUUAUAAUAUUAUCAAUUAUUUUAUUCGUUCCAAGGUUAAUUAAGCUGGCGUUAAGCGUUAAUAAACUGUAAAGAUGCAUUAAUUAGUAUUACCCAGUCAUAAUCAACAUGUUUGCCAAUUUCGAUCACACGAAUUAUCGUUCCUCGGUGUCAUUAUAAUUUGAAUCUAUAUUAUAUUUUUUGUUUAUUUUUUUAUUUUUUUAUUUAGCCGCUUAGUUAAUAAAAUUAGUUAAAUUUUUAUUUAUAUACAUCUACUUCCUUCGAAAUGAUUGCUUACCAAUUGAAUAUCUAAAGGCUAAAACAAAAAACAAAGAACUUUUCAUAUUAAAAUUCGGUAAAUCAAACAAAAUGUAAUCGUAUAAAACUAUUUAAUCUGAAAUGAUUGAACUUGACCUCGAGUCUAAGUCUAUUGCUGAUCAAAUAAUAUUAUCUCGGAUUAAUAAUUAUUAAUUAUUAAAAUCAAUCGUUUUCCGUACCUACCUAUAAAAAUCAGUUAUGUUGAAAUCGCUAUUAUCUUGCCAAUAUCACGUUAUUUUAAUCUCUACGUACAAUAGGCAGUAAACAGUGAUUAAAAAAAAAAAAAGCAAAUUGAUUUUUUUUUUUUCGUUCAGACAGUUCUGCACUUUUUCGACCUGUGACCCGUGCCGUAAACGUGCUGUUAUGUUGCAAUAAUAACCCGAACGCAAAUAACCGGUUCUACAUAAUAUUACGUUUCGUGUUUAUUAUUAUUAUUAUUUUUAUUUUUUUUUACUUUUCCACUUUGUGGCACUUAACUAAAAGCGGCGAUCGCGGACUGGCGCGGUGUCGGACAUAUGUACGGAUAUUAUUAUUAGCACAACGCUGUAUUUUAUUAGACGUGUCGUGAACACCGUGCAACGUGCAUUUAUAUACACAUACGGAUUUUCGCCACGUGUUUUUAAAUCAAACGCCCGCACGAUAAUGUACCUAGUAAUGAACCGAAAACCGGAAGUUUUCGUCGAUCCCGAACCGCGUGUUGUACUGAAACGUUGGUAAUUCAAUGUGCCGAUGACGAGAUACCUAUACGGCUGUCGUACUGGGUGCGGUUGAAAAAACUAUUCUUAUGACUAGAAUCGUACGACUGGACGCGAUGUUAUAAUAGUAUAUUGUUGUUAUUAUUAUUAUUAUUUUAAUAAGCGUACGAGUAUGUUCUAAAUGAAAACAAAGAUUUAUCUCAUUGAUUGUACUCAACAAUAUUAGCCUAGACAAUAAUAAUAGAAUAAUAAUAAUUAAAAGAGGGCACGGAAAGCAUAAUAAUAAUAAUAAUAAUAAUAAUAAUAAUAUGAUGUAGCACGAUGGUAAUAUUAAUUCCUGAACGGAGUUGUGUUAUGGUUUCGUCGUUGUUAGCUCAGUAUGCAUCCCGUCAAGAUCCGAUGCCGCAACCAAAGGUCCGACGUCACCACGCCUCCCUAUUCAUUCGUGGCAUCUACCGUGCAUUCCUGACUCCCGGCAAAUGCUUCUUGUGAUCGUCCGUUCACCUCUGUCUUAUUGACUAUUGACAGUUCUCUGAGUAAUCUAUUUGGUUUCCCCCGUCCAAUUCAAUCCGUUCAAUAAAUUACUUCCCUCUUGGUCUCAGUACACGCCCCGGCAAACUUAUUCUACUGCCAUUUAAGAUCCCAACUAAUACUUUAUUCGACAUAAUUAUCUACAACCCUUUGGGUCUAUACUUAUUUUAAGUGGGCCGAAUCCCACGCGAAUGUAAAAAAAAACCAUUAGAUCGAGUUAAUGACUUGGAUUUGUACAGUGACAUCAACCGAUGUAUAGUCGGUUUAGAUGAACCGUUGUUUUGGUUGUCUGUAAUGUACACCAAACUAAGGUAAUAUAGUUUACACCAUUGUAGAUAAUCAAAAAUAGUUUGUUUUAUUUCUUCACGGUCAUUAGCGUUUCCACUGAUAUUAUAAUUUUACCACACGUUACAGCAGUAAGUACGAAAUCGAAGUUUUUGUUUAUUGCAAUAAAACUUUAGCGUACAUACCGUGAUUUAUUUUCGAUUGAGUUCACUAAUUUGCUAUUUAAACGUUUAAAAAUAUUUAAGUAUAUUUAAUGGAACAAAGAUUUAUAUAAUAAUAAUACGACUAACGACUAAUGUGUGUGUUUGUGGUGGGGGGGACGUGGUUCUUUCAAUUUACAAACCGCGUGAAUGACACUGCAAUAAACACUAUCGUGUUAAAUAUAACAGUAUAUUAUAUUUCAUAGUAUAGCAUACGGUUUCAAUAAAUUUUCAUUGAAAAAAAAUCAUAAAGAUAUAUAAGUAAGUAAGACAAAAAAGAAUACUUUGUUUAUACUUGAAAUUCAAUUUUAUCUUUAGUUUUCUCGUUGAAAUCGGCAAAUUAUUCUAUUAAUUCUUACUAUUUCAUGUCCUAUAAUUAAUAUAAUAUUAUAAGUGUGAAAGUAAGUCUAUCUUACGUUUUCACGUCUAAACCGCAAAACCGAUUUUGAUACAUUUUUGUAUGGUUAUUGAUAGAACCUCGGAGAAAAACAUAGGCUACUUUUUGUCGUAAAAAUAAAACUUGAAAGGGUGAAAUAGGGGAUGGAAGCGUUUUAGGUAUUUUUGGUACGGAAAUUAAAAAUUAUUUUUGUUGAAUUAUGGAUUACUUGAGUGUAACAUGGAUGAAAUGGAAAAAAAGGACGGAUAUAAUUUGCACGUGGAUGCAGCCUCUGUUGUAAACGGGAAGUUGGGAAGAUAGGAUACAGAUGGGAAUUUAAUGUAUAUCUAUAAGCAAUGAUAGAUCAUUGCCAACGAAAAAACGAUUCUGAGCGGAGUUAAGUUAAUAGUGUUGUUUUGUCAACUAUAAAAUAUAUGGUAAAAUGAUUACCGCAAUGUGUGUUUCCAUGACAACAAUGAUUGUUUAAAAAAGAUUAAAAUAAUAAAAACUUAAUAAUAACAAAAAAUAAAUAAGACCGGUUGCCAAUGACAACCUUAUUUUUAAUCUUUCAAUCAUUUUUUAACCUAAAGACCGAGGUUUUCCUCAAUAUUUCGAAUAUUAAUGAGAAUUUCAAAAAAAUGAGCUCUUUAAUGUACCACCCAGAGAAUAUUUCCUUUUAGAUAAGGUGCUAUACUUGAUAAUUGGAGUAUGUUUUCUAGUAGAAAAAGUGUUCACAAAAAAAAAAAAAAAUAAACAUCAUUAUAAAGCCAAUACAUUCCUCGUUCCACUCAGAAUCUAAAAAUUUAAAAAAUAAUAAACAGAAAUAAAAAAUUCAUAGUAACUAUAUUAACUUAAAAUGAUGAGUUUAUCUAAGUGUCUGUUGGUAUAUUUUGGCUUGAAAUAGGAUGGAUUACUUUGGUAACAUGAAUGAAAAAAAAAAUCAAAAACUAUACGCUGUACUGGGUGGGUAAGUGAAAAGUUAAAACACGUAAGAGGUCAUUUUCGAAUCUUUGUACUUUUUGGUACAGUAACAACACUACAGUACUAUUAUUUCCUCAUAAUUUUAUUAUAUUAUUAUAAUGAAUGUAUAGUUUAAUUUUUGUGCUGUAGAGAAAUGUAUGACACAUUAGAACGUCUUAAAAUAGUUCAUCCACUUUCCACUUAUUUUUUGUUCGUCUAAUGUAUUGAUACGGGCAAAGCAAAACGAGAAUAAAGGUAAAAAAAAAUGAAAAAUGUCCGGCGACACCGGACGCGGGACAGCUUGUUAUAUAUAAAAAAAAAAAUAAUAAGAAUAAUGAAUAAGCUCAGUUAAAAAAAAAUAAUUGAAUACGCCUCUUUACGCCUGUGAUAUAUUACGAAAAAAAAAAUAAAAGGGUCGUGGCUAAAUGCACAGAUUUAUUAAGUAAAGAAGUUAUGUAGUUUUGUGCAAAGGUUUAUUGUAGGUUUACCUUUUUUAUACAUCUACGUACAUCCAAGAAAUCUCGUAUUAAUUAAAAUAAUAUUGUUCGAUUAUUGUUAAACUCUGUCUGACAUGUACAAUAUAUUUUAUUUUAUUUAUAUUGUGGUCGGGCACAAUACGUCCAUCUAAAAAUAAACAAACGAAUUAGUAAUCAAGCGUCGUACAACAUGUUUAUUAUUUUUUUUUUUUAAGUAAAAUACAACUUCUAAGAAAUGUGCACGUGUUACGAUUAUAAUAUUCUGAUGAGUAUUCUGUUCGAUUGAAAAAUUUAAGCAAAAUUGCGAUUUUCAUGUAUUUAUCUAAAGCAGUGGGACUUUAUAAUUGUCCGUUUUAUUAUCGAUAAUCUUUCGCUAACUAGAAAUGAUAGCUUUACGAUGUAUAUUUGCCUUGAACUGCGCAUGUGUUCUCGCAUUUACAACGUUGAACAUAUUGUUAUUAUCACGAAUUAUUUCAUGGAAAGAAAACUCGGCCGGCAGUGAAUUUCAACACCAGUUUUCUGUGUUUAGUCAGUGGCGUAUCGCAAAGUUGCAAUCUAUCAUAAUGCAUAUAUUUAGGCAGGUACACAAUCUUCGGUCUCAAAGGGAGAACGGCUUAAGUCAAUUUCGCAAAAUGAAAUUUUAAAAUUUAAAAAUUACAAAAAAUUAUGAAAACGAUUGAAUUACAGGGAAAACGAUGAGAAAAAGUCACACGAGAAAAUUAUAAAACAAGAAAAAUGCUAACAAAUUAAAUCGAGUCAUUUGGACCAAAAAUAUAUUCUGUAUAGCCGCUCUCUGCGAACGAAAUUGACAAGAGUUUUUCGCCCUUGUUGUGUGACUUCACGAUUCGUGAACGGUAGCUUUGCUACCCAUGGUAUUAUUUUAAACUUUUCAGAAAUUUAACGCUAUAAUUACACGGAUUGUUAGCCCAAGUCGUUUUAGUGUUUCAUAACAUAUACUAAAUGAUUAAAUAUUAUUAUUAUAAUUAAAUAAUCGGAAAUUUCGAUUGAAUUUUCGCAAGACAAAGCGUAACGGUGUAAUCGUUAAAUAUUUGUUACCGAUAUCGGUAACGAGUAACAAUAAGACUAAUUAGACUAAAUGUUCACUUUCCUUUACUAAUAAUAACGCGUUCGACGGGAGGCUUUAGCUCCCCGGCUUCCUUUGCGUACGCCACCGAAUUGCAGUAAAAUUAUUACGCCGUCGAAGGCGUAAUAAUUGCCGAUGAAGAAUAAACGGAAAAAAAAAACGCAAUCGAGUUGACAGUGAAAGCCCGAACAGCGAUAUUGUUUCCGUCCCGCGGGUUUUAUUACGCUGCCGAAAAUCGUAAUCGGGAAAAUCGCCCGGGACACAGCCGCUAUAAUAACCUGCAACCAAAAGAUCGUGCGGAUAUCGCGUUUCACGGCGGUAACGACAAUGAUAAUUACACACGAUAUAAAUAGAUACGUCGCAGACGCGAUCUCGGUCCGUGUUCGACAAGAGCGGGGCUCGCCCGGACACUUUGUUAUCGUCUUAUCGCCGAAAUUAAUAGUUGCUGUUGCCGAAUACGAGAUACGGUUUACGGGUGUGUAAUGUAUGCGGUAGGACGUUCUGGGCACGACCGGGGUUUUCGAUUUCCCGCGGCGCAACACACCGUCGCCGUCGUAGUCGGUUUUCGGGAAGCGAAACACGUGUAUUCCGUUUCGAUUCUUGCGGCACUGUCCGGCGUGGUUUUGCCGUCGGAUCGCGUUCCGUUUGCCGACAAUAAUGCGUACGAGACGUACUCAACGAGAACCGGUGUAACGGGCUGCGCUCACGAUAAAUACAAAUCUAUACAUGUAUACGCAGGCCCGGAUUAAGUGGGUGGGGGUGGGAAGAGAGGGCCACGUUCUCGGGCCCGCGAAAAAUAGGGCCCCAUUAUCAAAACCACAUUAUCAGCUGAAUCAAAUAUAAUUUGAUGAUUUUUUUUUUUUUGUCUAUUUAUUCCAUUUUAAUAGAAUGACUCUCCUUAUUAAUAUGGGCACUCGGGCCCCCACGACCCUUAAUCCGGGCCCGAGUAUACGAAACCCCGGCUUGAUAAUUAUAGGGAUACAGUAAUCACGGGAAAAUCAAUUGAAAUUUGAGUGAAUAAAUUAUUAAAUAUUACCACAAGUAUAUUUUUUACAAUGUGCAAUUGACUACAUUUGUACGAAGCGUUGGAUUGAUCCUAUUUUGAUGUGUGCUUUUUGUGUAUUCAUUAAAGGUUGUUAUUGGUUGUAAGAAUAAAAAAAAAAAAACAAACGCAAUAUUGUAAUUUUUGUUUAUAACCGUACCGAGAUCAAAUUUCUAUUAAAAAAAAAAAAUCCCGUAAAUAUUAUAACUGGACUCUGCCCAGAAUCGCAUUUCGUCAACGAUAAAUAUUCGUCGCGAUGUAAAUUAAACAACUUUGUACGUAUCCCAUAUACCUUUUUAACUUCCUACCUACAAACACUGGUCGACAUCCGUCGACAGUAUCUGGUCUUUUUUUUCUAUUAUUAUUUCGCUGUUUUUUCAGUUUUUAAUUUACGACGGUGACGCGAUGUUUCAAUAAGAUCAUUUUUUUUUUUUUUGAAAUUUUUUUCCUCAAAACCACAACACAUAAAUUAUCGUUAUUACUGUUUUCUUGUAAUUAGCUGUCGCGUUGGCCGUGCGGGUCCUGCAGUUUCGGCGGACACUCGUACAAUUUACAUAAUAUUAUGGCCGCCGACCAUAUACCGAUAACGCUCCGCUAUUCGUAAAAUAUUAUGUUCUGUAUCGUAUAAAAACAACGGCGAUGAUAAAGACCAAUGCGUACGAACUUCACUAUUAUAGUUUUCUCCUAUAUAAUCCUCCGCGGCGACGUUAUUAUUUACGACAACGCCACCGCGGCAAUGCACAAUUACCUAUAUAUUAUAUUUACAUUUUACAUGUAUAUUUGUUGCACAUAAAUUAUUUCGAAAAGUCGAGUUAUUUCUCGUGCACACUAUUGUAAAACUAUCGUAAAAAAAUAAAAUGAAAAAAAAAAAAUGUAAUUCAAUAUAGUAUAUAAAACCCGAAAUACGAAACACGCGAGUGAAAAAUACGUUAUACUAUGUAUGUAGUUUGGGAUCCGAGCCGACGAACAACUCACGAUAUCUAUUUUACCUGUUAUAAAAUAGCGUCGUUCGACCGAAUUCCGUGCGCGAUGCGCAACUUCUGUGCGUGUGCGGAAUAUAUACUUUAUAGGUAUUUUAUCGAUAGCGUCGUAAAAAUCGGAUGUAAAAAAGUUGAGAAGGUAGUGGAGGGGAAAUUUAAUGUGCAUCUGUAUAGCGUAUACGCAACGAUUUACCAUUGCUAACGAAAAAACGAUUCUGAACGGAGUUCGGUUGAUAGUGAUGCUUUGUCAACAAUAUGUAUGCCAUUUUUUAGUAGAAUAAUUACGUAUGCAUUAUAUAUUUUUUUUUAAUAAUAUUUGUUUAGAUACAAUAUGUACCUAUUUUCCCGUUUUUUCUACGGUUUUUCCAGAUUUUUCAUUUUUCGGGAAAAAUCCUGGGAAAAUCAAAUAAUCUACCUUUUUAAUGUACAUCCCUAGUCAAAUUUUCUUUCAAAAAAAAUGCUAUAAUUGAAAAUAUGCUGUUAUCCGCAGAAAAAAAAUAAAUACAAAUCAUUGUAAAACCAAUGCAUUCCUUGUUCCGCUCAGAAUCUAAAAUUGAUUUUAUUGUUUAGUUCAUGGACAAAAAAGCAUCACGAAAACGGCCAAAUAUCCGAUUUGAAUACAUCAGUUAUUUGAGGGUUUUUUUCUUUUAUUAUACAAUUAUCAUUUAUUUUUAUUCUUCUUAAAAUUGUCUCUAAUCUUUAUUUUGGUUGGCCGCAGCUCUACAUUAUGUUUCUCUGUCGAAACUCAAACUUUAACUUUUGAAAACUUUAGGAUCGCAUCCUGACCAUGUCCUUAAGAAUUUGUUGUAUGAAUUCCAUCAUUGACGUUUCACUUCCAGGUUCACCUUCUGCGUAAUCUUCAAUAAUCAACUUCAUCAGAUUAGCGCGGCAUUAUUCUACGUGAAUACUAUCAUAUUACCUCAUAUAUUAUUUUAUAAUUUUCUAUAGUUGUUUUUUAUCCUGGAUUAUUCUUAAAACUUCUUCCUUUUGUGACGGUCGCGUCGCGAAAUCUUGACCAUACCUAAUGUUAACCUUAACUACACGACAUUUCCAAUACGUUUAGUUUUCUUCUCUUUUGAUUGUGUUCACUAUACGUAUAAUAUUACACUACCCGUCAUCUGUAUAUCUUCAGACGUUUUUGUUUAUAGAAGGUAUUAUUGUAAUAUUUAUAUUUCAUUCUGAUUUAAAAGAAGUAAUCAAAAUAUUCGGAAAUUGAAUAGGUAGCUAAAAAGUAACUUGAUUCCGUUUUUAAUUUCGGUACACCACGUUGACUGGCGACCGACAGCAGAGUACAGGUGUAUUAUUUUUAAUGGCCAGACCAGCGGUUCCCAAACUGUGCGGCGCGCCACCCAAUGGAGGCGCGAGCACUUAACAAGGGAGGCGCGGCGCGCGGUCAGAAUUUUGUACAUAUAGUUAUUUUUAGAUCAAUUAUGGGUCUGAUAACAAUUUUAUGGAAACGAUUAUCUUAUCUUAUCCAUCCGAUUCUUCACUACGAAUGCAAUUUUUUUCAUAUUCACUUAUAGGAUUUUGGAACAGUAUUAAAGAUGAAUAUCCUGAAUUUAGCAACAAAGCUUUAGGUAUAUUAAUACCAUUUGCCAUAUCGAAUUUGUGUGAAACAGGAUUUUCAGCAGUAACCGUAUUAAAAUCAAAAUAUCGGUCCAGACUCAACGUGGAAAAAGAAAUGCGUGUUGCAGUAACUACGUUAAUUCCUAAUUUUGAAAAAUUAAUAAACGAAAAACAAGCGCAUUGUCCGCAUUAAUUAUAUUUUAUAAAAUAAAAUAAUAAGUUAACUGUUAACUAAUAAAUAUUAAAUAAUUUUUAACCUAUUUUAUUAAAUAUUCAUUGCGGGAGGCGUGAACAAUUUUUUUUAUUAUUAGAAAGGCUUGGAUGAAAAAAGUUUAGGAACCACUGGGCUAGACUAUAGAAAACAAAAUAAUAAAAAGAUUAUAAAGACGGGAUUAGGAUUAAAAAAUUGGCCGAGCUAAUAUGUUUGUAUCCGAAAGACCAUAUGGUAUCUGCUCGAGCCCCAUAACCCAUCGUCAUUUUUCCAUCUAUAGAUAUACUCGCGCUAACGUUGAUGAUCUUUCUUUGAACUGUAUCCGUAAUUUACUAUUUUUAUAUAAAUCGAGCGCGCAUCACGCGUGUUUCACAAUAAUGUACAACCAAAUUGUAUUAUUUAUACAAAAACAAUUUCGAGAAAGAGUGAAAUUCGCCUACUUUGUUAAAUUCUGUGCUUUUAUCUAUUCUUCAACAAGAUACUUAUUUACUACUUACCUACUUUUCUUACUAACUUCAAUUUGGAAUUUACAUGUAUACAUUUGAUGCGAUUUUUUUUCUGAAAGUUCUAUCGUUCUAUUAGACACCACAAAACUCUAAAGAUUUAAAUUUUUUUUAAAAAAACCAUUUAAAAAUAACAAAUUAUUUUCCGAGAAAAAAAUAAUUAUAAACUAUUGGUAUAAUUUGUAUGGAAAUAUGUUGUUUUUUUGUUGUAACGUAGUAAGUGCAUAGAAGUAAAAAUCACUUGACCCGCAGGACGAGAUGAACGCGCGGGCAAGUUUAGGUCAGUUAUAUUUAGAUAUUAUAUUAUCAUAGUCUUCUGGUUUUAGCGUCAGCUUUAGAUUUUUGCCGAAAAAUCGUUUAUAUAUAAUGAAUCGGUGUUAUGAAACGAACGCGAAAUGUAUUAUUUUUUAAUCGAUUCAACUUUUGUAUACAUUAUUUUCAUCUCGCUAAUGUUUUUGUAUGAACGGCGAAAACUUAGGUUUUUUUUUUCAAUCUAAAGAUCGGUUAAAUGGUUGAUUUUUCACCCCGUAUAUUUUGUUCCGAUGUCUUCCCUCACUUGCUUAAUCAACAAACGGAUUCCUUAGUCUUCGCCUACUUAAUAGUUGUCUUACCAUCGAUUUUCCCUUCGAUUAUUGCACCCGUUACGUUAUUCAAGCUUUAAAUUAUUCGGUAACAUUUGUUCAGUGUAUAUUUUACGAAGACUGUUCUUAUUCCUUAAUCUUUCUGUUCGCGAGAUUCUCCGUGCUCUUUUCUAGCACCACAUUUCAAAGGCUUCAAUUUUGGUUUUGCCGGUCCUGAGAACACUGUUCACAUUUCGGUUCCGUGUAGGGCCUCGCUCAAUACGACGGUAUUUUGAUAUAAGGUAGUGUUUAUUUCAGGGGGGACCUAACUCUCCUCUGCAGAAAAAUGUACACCACUCCCUGAAAAUUAUGACAUUACUACGUAAACUACAUGCGACGUAUGUGAAACGAGUUAUGGGCCGGUUAUGAAUCAUCUUGUUGACAAUAAAAUAAAACAAAUAUCGUGUUAUGUUAAAUAACCGUAUUUUAACAAGCUAUAAACAAAAGUCAUCAUGUAGCAUACUUUUUUAAUUUCUCCUCGGGUGUAAAAAUAUCUAGAUCCGGUUCUGCCUUUGGUACAGUCCCUUGGAAAUUUACGACCCCCCCCCCCCCCCCGGAGAUGAAGGCCUGAAAUAAACACUGAUAUAAGGUCUUCCAGUUUCUAAACACAUCGCGCUUGUGACGAAGAAGUUCCUCUUUUUGUAGAAAGUUUGUUUUAUUCGCUCGCUUACGUCUUAUGGCCGUAGAACUUCAACUAUCAUCUAGCAAGUGAUCUUGCUUCCACUGUGUGUAUCAGUUUACGUUAAUGAUUAAUGUUCUUACGUCUUCACGUACGGAUCGACCGAAUAUCGCGUCUCCUCGAGUCACACCGCGGCCAUGCUAUAAUGUUGUUACGAAACGUGCCUAUGUACAAUAUUAACUCAUUAUUUUUAUAGCGUAUUAUAACAUUAUAAUGUAUAGGGUGCACCUCCGCAUUAUAUAUAAUAUUAUAACGCGAUAUCGGCGCCGACCGUCCGACAAUCGGCAGACCAUAAAUUAUUAUUAUCAAAUAAGUAAGUAUCCAUACCUCCUAUAAAUAUAUAUUAUAAAACGUAAUAACAAUAAUAAUAAUAUUAUUAUUAUUAUCUUACCCGAAUAACAAUAGCUCGCGGAAGAUUGGGUCAUCCGUCCUGCCUCCGCCGCCGCCGCCGCCGCCGCUGCAGGAGGUUUAUUAUAAGCCGUUUAGCGUCCGCGUCCAUAUAUAAUAAUAAUAUUAAAAUGUUCCAGAUCGGAUGUUUGUUGUUAUAACAGAAAAAAAAAAAAAAAUAAUAAAAAAUAUAAUAUUAUAAUGACAGGUUACACGAAAACGUUUUCGACCGAGGGUCCCGAGGCGACGAUUUGGUUUUAUAACGGCGGCGGCGAGUGGUGUUUUUUUUUACAAAAAACACGGUCCGUGUUAAGGCGCCUGUGAUAAGAUAAUAUUUAUGGUACCUAUAUAAAGUUAACGUGUGGAUUUCGUUUUCAAAUUUUAUUUUCCUUUCGCGGGAACGGUCGACGACGGCGACAGACAUCACGCCAUCGCCGCAACAAUCGAUCGUUUUCAUCGUUUUAGGUUCGUCGGGCCGAUUUUAUUUUUUUUUAUUUUUUUAAGGAGCGAGUCCGCUUCGUGUCCGUUCGAUUAAUUUCAGUCGUGUUCCGAAUAGAAAGUCUGGACCAAAAUAAAAAUACGCAAAUUGCCCCUCCGCCGCAACGCCAUCGACAACACGAUUUGUAAUUUGACGAACGUUCACAUAUUAAUGGAAAUGUCACAUUGUCCGUCGGUGUAUUGUUAUAUAUAUAUUUUUUUUUUUUAUCACAGAAUGAGUUUAAUUUAGCGUUAAUAGUCUGUGGUGUUAUUUUACCGAGAACCUUGUGGUUGUAGGGUAUGUCAUGACUGACUUAGACCAAAAAAUCCAAGCGCAUCACAAAAAAGAGUGUGAGAUUUGUGACUACGCGACUUUGUGUGUGGUCAGAGUCAUUAAAAGACCUUAUUGCAGCGACUCUGAUUUUACCUUCCUUCAUAUUAACAAACUGCUCAUUUACUCGUUGUCGUACUAUCAAUAGGAUUCCAAUCAUAUUUCCGCAAUUAAGUUACAUAUAUUACAUAUCGUUUUUUCGUUUUCGUUUUUUUUUUUUUUCAUUAAAAAAAUAAUGCGGUACAAAUUGGCUAUACCUCGCGGAUCAAUCAAGAUUUUUACUCUGACCGCAAAUCGCGGUAUUUUCUGUUCAGCGCCUAAGUACGUAAAAUGUCGACGUCCUUCAUCAGUCGAUUUUGCUCGUCGAGGCAUGAUGAACUGAAUCGAUGCGAGCUGAAGGUUAAAAAAUUGAACUGAACGGAUUCAGUGUGCUGGCUUCUUUAAAUGUCCCGUGACUAUGGUUUCUAUACGACCGCGUUUGCAGAUUAUAAUACAAUUUCGGUAUUUUCAACAUUCUUUGCAAUCCACCUCUCGAAUACUCCGCCGUGGGGAAUCUCUACGGUUUCUAAAUAUUUCUCGUAUUGAUCUUAAUUCUAAAUAUUUCGUCUUCAUUAUAGCUGAUUUCAACCUUCUUGAUUGUCUUUUAUCUAACAAUAUUGACUUAUUUACGCUUUCUAUAAUUUGCUUUUUGCGUUUUUCGUCUCGUGGUUAUUUUCGGAGUUUAACUAGUGAGAACCCUUCCGAAUGAUUCAUACUAUCAAUAGUUUUUGUCUUUUUGGUAUAUUGGACGGACUAUCAAAUGAUUCGAUCGAAUAUUAAUUCUAUGAUUGAAUAUAGUUUUAUUUGGGAAAAUUCAUCGAAUAAAAACUAUUCGGUUGUGCCCAUCAAUGAUUUUAUCUGAUUUAUCGUAUUCUAAAAUAUACAUCGUAUAUUUAUAUCAAAACCGACUCGUCGGACUUUUUCUUGUUGUUGAUUAGUUUAAUUUGCAAACGGUAUUAUAUGCUAUUCUUUUUGGUGUUACGUUGAUUUGUAUUUAAAAUUAAAGGCGUUAUUACAAAUAUGUAACAAUAACAAGGAAGAGUAGAGAAACUAUAGUUUGACUUUGAGUGACUUCAAAAACCCGAAAAUACACGUUCUCACCUUGUUAACCUACUAUAUAAUAUAGUAUUAUAGCUCAAAUCAAAAUACAUCAUCAUUUUGAAAUGUACAGCCGCGAUAUUCGCCGUGUAUACAGUUAAUUUACACGGUUAUACACCUGUAUGGAUAGAAUAUAAUAUGUUGUUUUGUAAUCUUUCAUCUAAAUCUUUGUAUAUUCGUACGAACAAGGCUAUAUAGUUACAGCGUCCUUCAGGGGAGAUUUUGUACUAACUACUGCACUGGUGAUGACGAUGGCGCCAAUUUUUCGGCAGACUCCCGGACUUCAUGGUAUUGCAUACAAUGUUUACAAUAAUAAUAGUAAUAGUAGUAAAAACCGAAUUUCAAAAGGUUUGAUAUAUUUUAAUCCGAAGUCGUCUGACAUAAACUUAAUCAGAUCACCGCUGUAAUACGCAUAAGUGCGUAUAUAUCGCGGUGCAAUCGAUUUAAGUAGAAGUUUCAAAAUGAAAAAAACACGAAGAAAAAAUAUAAUUUUUUUUUAACUAUAUUUAAUGUUGGCUGCCAAUAUGAUAGGUAUUACUAAUAUUUAUAAUAUAGUCAGAAGGUCACAACGAAAUAAUAUACGAUCGACGUUCUGAAAUGUUCCCCAUUUAGUUUUUCGGCUGUAUUUUGAAUUCAUUAGGUAUAAGGAAUAUAAAAUAGGUUUAACAUAAUCGUUGAUAUUAUACUUCGUUUAGACCCGGUAUAUUAUUAUAAUCACGCGCUUAUACCAAACGACCGCGUGUGGUCCGCAAUUCAUAUAUUUUAUAGCCGUAAUGACGGCAUAAUUUUCUUAUUUUUUUUUUCCGAAAAUAUAUUAUUAUACCAUGAGAAUAUUAUUAAUUUCGAACUAUAUUAUAAUAUAUAAUAUAUAUAUAUAUAUAUAUAUACUUACAGAAAAAAAAUAUAACUUGUAAAGUAUAUAUUACUAAAACUAUGUAAUUUAUAAUGAAAUCGUUUUUUGCUGUAGUCCUAUAAAAAAAAAAAAACAAUUUUUGUUUUGUUCAAAUAUGUUAAAAAUAUAGGCCACUGUGUAUUUUAUUUUCGAUAAAAUAAAAAUCUUCUGUGCUUAGAGUUCUGCGCCGUCCGGUUUUUAACCCUGUCUAAGAAGAAGAGAAAGCAUUUUUUUACAAACUGUAAAAGUACUUUUUUUUUUUUUUUGAGGGAAAAAAAAUAGUAAAAUAAAUAGCUUCUUCGUUACACUCGGUAAAAAAAAAAAAAAAAACCUUUAAUUAAACCAUUAAUAACAGUGCAUGUUUUAAUUAAUAUAUUUAUAAUAAACGAAUACGGGCAGCUGAUAAAACAAUAGAUUGAUUAUUUACAUUAUAAAACAGGGAGACCAUAGUCUAUAAUAAUAUAUGGUUAUGUAAACGAAUUUUAAUCUGGCCGGACGUGUUCAAUGUUUGUAGUAUUAUUUUUUCGGUGUAAUGAAAUGUAAUUUUGAUCGGAUCGAAUGAAUUUGUACUAUCUGAUGUUCGUCGUUGGAUUUAUUAAUAAAAUUAUAGUUAAAAGCGGAUUUAACGACGGAUAUGCUAUUUUUAUUCGGUUCGUUGUACAGGUGCAAGUACGUCAUAUUGUGGCUGUUAAAGAAAUUCCUUUGAAAAUUCGGAUCUUCGAGGUCAGAUGUGUAAAGUUUGUACAGUAUAAAAAAAAAAAAAAAACGAAAAUAUUGAUUAUUGUCCGGAGCACACUCUCCACGCGUUUUACCCGAUAGUGGAAAAUGUAACAAAACAAAAAUAAAUAUUUUCCAAAAGACAAUCGCGCCGUUCCAAUCGUAAAAUAAUAGUAGAAAAUGUGUUUUUUUAUAAGUUUAUAAGUACCCAUUGAUACCUAAGUAGGAAAUAACGAUCGUUACAAAAUGUCUGCGCCACACAAAGAGAUCAUCGCUGAACGUUUUCGUUUUCAAAAUGCGAUAUUUUAGAUCGGACCCGUCGUCGUGGGAAAGUCUAACCGCUUCGUUUCUUCGAAACCGAAUAACAGGAAAAAAGUUAAAAAAAAAAAAAAUCUCUGAACAUCCGUACAAACAUAAUGCGUUCGUGUUCAGAAUAGAAUGUCAUUAAAUAGUCAUAAUAUAUAUUAUAAACUAUAAUAAUAUGUAUAGUUAUAAUAUACUUCCGGCGUUGGUAUAUUAUUGUUAUCUACGAUAUAGUAACUAACCUGCAAACGAAGAAAUAUUGAAGUUGUUAUUUUAAAUUCUCUUUUUUUGAUACUGAGUAAAGCGAAGAAGCUCAUGGUUUUAUAGAGAUGUUUGUGAAAAAUGCGAAAAAAAAAACAGGAAAAUUUACGUAAUAAAGAGGUCGUUUUUUCGUUUCAUCAAACUCUGGAAAAAUCGGUACAACAUUAAACAAAUAUUAUUAAAGAAAAUGUAUAGAGCCUAUUUAAUUAUUUUACUAUAAUAUAGCAUAUAUAUAUUGUUGACAAAGCAUUACUAUCAACUGAACUUCGCGCAGAAUCGUUUUUUUGGAAAGAAAUGGUGUACAUCGUUAAUUUAAACUAUAACAGUGGCUGUACCCGUCCCCAUUAUUCUAGGCCGCCUUUUUUUUUUGUACUAUUACAUACGAUGUGAGAUAAAAAUAUUAUCGUUUAUAACCUAGCGUCAGUAAGUCAAUAAAAGUAGAAAAAUAUAUUGUGUUUGAAAAAAAAAAAACAAAUUGUGUAUGUUCAAUCUAUAUCUUAUAAAAACAAGGUGUGAUAUAGUCUAAUAAUAAUGCGUAAAUUUCGAAUAUCGUCUAUUUAUGAAGUUCGAAGAAGUUUUUAUAGUUUUACUGAAAUGUGUUUGUUUUUCCCUCGGAAAAUACUUUUACCGGUUAACAAAAAUACGCUAAAUUAUUCAAACGGUAUACCUAUUUUAAAAUAUGCGGAUUUUUCCCCCGGCGGUAGAUAUUUUAGGGAAAAUUGUCUGGAUACCCGGACAUGUUUCGUAUAGUGUUAUAAUACACACAGUUUUUAGUUACGUGUUUAAAACAAAAUGGUUUUGAACGUAACAACCCCGUUGAAUUGCGGAGCAACUUAAUUUCUACGGUAUUCAGCUAAGUUACCAUGAUUUUUAAUGGGAAAGGGUCGGGGGGGGGGCUAAACUUAAAAAAUAUUUUGCAAAAUAUGUAACUGCGCAUAGUUCGAUUAUUUGUACUUAAAUGAAUAAAUAGUGCAAAUAUGCAAUUGUUAUUAUCAGAAAAUAAUAAAUUUCAAAUAGUAUUUAAAUACAGAUAUAAAUACACCCAUUCAGAAAGUAUUUAAGAACAACUAUAAAUACUCGGUGUGCAUUUAAAUACUUUUUUAAUUUGACUUAAUAGUUAAUUUAAUUAAAUUUACAAUAUUAAUUUUCAAUAUAUUUUAACACAAAAUUCAAUAUUCGACUAUUCAAGUAUCUAUUGUUACAACUUUGUACCUCCUACUUAAUUUUAUACUGACUAAUGAAAAUAAAUAAAAUGUGCUGUAUAUUAAUUUUGAAAUAAUUGUAUUGUUAAUUUGAAUGAAUUAAACAAAUUUUAACAAAAUAGUAAUUAUAAAUGUAUCCAGGCCUGUCGCUAGGGUACAAAUAAGUCAUGCGUUGCUUUAGGACGGCAAACAUUUUUAAAGAAAUUGAAACGGCAAAAUAAAAUCGUCAAAAAAGACGGAAAUAAAAUUUUUGUUUUAGGGCGCAAAAUAUCUUACUACAGGCCUGAAUGCAUUCUGCCAUAACCAUUCCCAGCAUUUUGUAAUGCACUUGAGCAGAAUGGUUUUUGUGUAAAUAUUAAAAUGUUUGUUAUAAGCCUACCAUAGUAGUUACAUUUCUAUCUCAGUCGUUACUGCACUGUAGAUUUGCGUUUGUCUGACUACGUUCUCCUCGGUUUAUAACGAGGACGGCAUCACAAGUUCCAAAUCACAGAAUAUAAAUUAUAAUUUAUUAUUUUAUUGAAAUCCAAAUACAAACACGUCCAAGAGAUUAUUUAAAAUACUUUUCACAUAUACGUAAUUUAAAAAGUAUUUAAAACGUUUUCUAAAUACCAUAAAAGUAUUUAAAUACUUUACAAGACUACCAUUAUUUUAUUAGUGAUAAUUUGCCAAUUCCGAAUCGCUUAUAUUAUUUUUUUUGUAUUUUGCACGGUCGACGAGGCGAGGGGGAGGGAGCUUGAGCCCCCUUAGCACUCCUCCACGAUUACCUACGACAAAACGGAAACAUUUUCCUCCUCACCCUAUACAUUGUGAUGUUCGUGAUGAUACGCUCGACAAUAAUAACAAAGUAAUGUGAAUAACCUGCGACCUUCCGCGCGAGAAGAUCCACGUAAAACUGUCAUCGGGCGGGCGCGAACGGCAUAAUAUUUUAGAGCGGUUGUAUUUUUUUUCCGUUCUUCUUCUGGUACCUACCGAGUUCGUGGUUUCGGACGACUUCCAGUCACGUUUCGUGUUCGGCGCGCGGCCGUGUGUUUCGAAACCCACGAGUUAUUAUAACGUACAGUGUAAUAAUAUUAUAAUAAUGUAGGCCUGGCUGUUGUACACGCAUUUCGCGUGCGUGCGUGUGUAAAUAUAGAAACACGAUACGUAUAAUACAACACGCCUAAUACAAUCGAAUAUAAAUCGGUGAAAUCCGUACGCGGCGGCGACGUUCGCGGACUGGCGGCGGGGGUGUUCGCGGUCUUUUGCUCCGAAAUAAAAAAUUUAAAAAAAACCAGUCGUCGUAGAUGACUGCUAGGAAAAAAAUCGAGUAAAAACUAGCCGCCGCCGUACACUAUAUAUAAUAUGUAUUAUAUUUUACAGGUAUACGCGCGGCUAUAACACGGGCGAUGGUAAAAUAAACGUGUUUUUUUUUUUUUUUCGUUUUCCCUCCCGUCGAAUAUCACACGACCAACUGAGUGUACGGCAAACGCCGAAAAGUCUCUUUCUCUUCCGACAACGCGCGACGUCGGCGCUGUCGUGACUCGUGACCAACAGGUGUCGGCCGGGCCCAGCAGCUCGGGACGUCUCCCUGGUCGGCAGGUCUACAGUAUACAUCAUAUUAUAUACGUAUACGUAUAUAAACGUGUACAAAUAAUAAUAUUAUUACGCACAGUUAAUAUACAAAGAGGAUGAUUCUUUUAUGAACACUCGUUUCGCAAAAGUAUAGACUUUUUCAAAAAAAUAAAAAAAAUAUGUUAUGGCGAUUCAAAAAACAAACAGAUCUAACAUGUUACAUCGCCAUUAUUAUUUGUCGCCUUUAUUUUUGAAGGGUGAUACGACUAACAGCUUUUGAUUUUCAAAUGGUAACCUACAUUAUAGAAAUUCUGUAUCGUCAGCCUUAGGUUAGGUGAAGGUUGGGCAAAGGUCGUAACUCCAAAAGUACGAUUUUCAGAAUAUUUCAUUUUAUUGUCAGAAAAAAAAUGUACGCGUCGUUUAAGACCAUUUACACUCUCGUAAGACAUUUAUUUCUCCGUGAAACCAGCUAGCAAAUAAUUAACGAAAUAAGCCUAACUUCGUCUGUUUGAUAGCAUAUAGGGCUAAUGAUUAUCUCCAUAACUAUUGUGAUCAAGUAUUAUUUGUUAAAUGUAUGCAUUUUACCAUCAUAUUAAUAAACUGUUGAUUUAGUUUGAGUUGGUUUGACUUAGUUAAUGUAUAAAAUACAAAUUAUUUGUGGUUCUUUGCUUUUUCUGAUAAGUUGCCAUUUUGGAGUUACGGCCUUUGCGUAUAAGACCGACGAUAUAACACAGACAGAGACCUAUUAUUAGUUCAAAUGAAUAAUGGUGAUGUAACAUUUUAGAUUCUAAUCGGUAGUUUCUUAAACUGUCUUAACAUUUUUAUUUAUUUAUUUAUUUUUUAAAGUCUAUACUUUGAUAAGUUUUCAUUGAUAAAAUAAUCGUCCUGUAUAUACGUAAUAUAGUAUAGUAAUAUAGUAAUAUAGUCAGAAAACUAAAAAUCGUAUAAGUAUAUCUAAUAUUAUUAUCGGAUAGAUUCGGUCGGCGGCACACGUUUAAACAUACAUCGGGUUGUCCGUAGAUACCUACAAGCCCGCCAGUGUUUGAUGUUAUAUACAUAUUUUUUUUAUUCUCCCCCCCCCUUCCAUAACAUUGUAUCAUCGUACAUAUACCUAGGUGUAAACACACGCAUGUCCGUAUAGGUAAAUAUUAUUACGGCGAUAUUCGUCGUUUUAUUAAUUAACCGGACCAGUCGGUCCGUUAUAAUAAUAAUAUUAUGCGGUUCGACGGUAGGCUCUUUUUCGGUCAGAGCGUUUUGGGGGGUUUUUUUUUUUCCAUAGUUGGCGGCCGUCCAAACGGCCGGUCGUCCGGGCCGACCGGGCUCGGGUCGUCGACGAAAAAACCGAAUAAAACAAUUAAAAAAAAUAAAACGAAUUCGUUAUAAAAUACGCGCACGUAUAUAUUACAUGCAUAAGCGAGUGUGCGUGUUUUUUUGUGCGCGCGCGCGUGUUCGACGACGGAAACGUUUUUGGCGUCAUCGUCGUACCGCACGUGUACACGUAUAAACUUACGCGCAUCGUAGUCAUCGCCGAAGAAAAUCCGGAUUUCCGGAUUUAAAUGCCUUAAAAUUAACCACCGAAAACGCGUAUUUCGCAUAAUAACGUCCUUAUAAGCGGUCACUGAUAGUUUGUUUUCUCCGUCCAUAUCGCGCGUAGCAUACUAGAGGUGUCGAUUGAAAACGCGAAUUAAUUGAAAACAUAUUUUGUACUCACGUUUACUUAAUUACGCGUAUAUUUACAAGCCGUAUUCACGUGUUUUAAGGUUAUUCGCAUGAACGCGUAGUAAAAAUAUUACGUAAAAAUAAUUUUAAAUACGUGUAAACGGACUUUUAAGUAAACGGUUUAAUAUAUUCGAAUGUCAAUAUCACGUGUAUAAGUGAAAAAGCAUACACGUCCCAUCCUUUUGUAAACAGUCCAAAUGCUGGUUGGCAGCAAUUUUCCACUCUUGACGCUUCUCCGCUUACCUUUUUAGUACACAAUGCGAUAUGCAGUCCAUGACCCUUACUAUUUGACCAAUGUAGUCCAGUGGCGGUCGCCUUUUGCUAUUAUUCACUUCAGUGACACAUUAUAUUAUGCUACUAAGUAGACUGCUAUUGCGCAGUAUGUGUCCAAUUAAAUUGGUUCUUUAUGUUUUCAGAAAGCUUCGUAUUGUUUCUCUGGCUUUAUAAUAUACCUAGCAACAAAAACAUUCCGCGUUUCUACGAUUAAGACAUUUUGGUGUAGUUUAGAAGUAAAGAGACCUAUUAUACAUUUUAUAAAUAAGAGUAUUUACCGUAGAUCCUACGAACGAUUUUUUUUUAUCAUCAAGAUAUGCGAUGAAAUUGAAAAAAAGAAAAUCAGAGAUCAGUGGAUCUAUAUAUACUUAAUUCUCUUCUUCACAUAAAUUUAUAAUAUAAUUAAUCCCCUUAUUUGGCCUAAACUCAACCAGAGUGUUAUGUUCAUAGAAAUGUGGAAUUUCUUUGUUGCUGUAAACAGAGAAAAUAAAUGUUGGUGACGAGGUCCCUUAAAAUAUGUAUCCCCAUAAAGAAAAAUAAAACGAUUAUGGGAACAGGCGAAAUAAAAUCGUUUCACUUUCGCAGUGUCAGCUGUACGUGAAUUGUAAUAGUUAUUGUGUAUACUCGGGACUGCAGCGAUUAUUCAGUCAGAAAAGAAAAUUGCAAAUCAUGCAAAUUAGAGCAUUAGUAAGAAGUAAAUUCCUGUAAAACCUUUUAAAGCAAAUCCUAUUACGAUAAAACGAAUUACUCGAGAUAAUAAUAAGUAUAUUUUAUACUUUGACUUAUCGCCAUUAAACACUAAAAGCACCUAUAAUGCAAAUUAACGAAACGAUUUCGAUUUAUUUAUUUUUUAACGUGCAAUAAAAAUUUCACAUUUGAAGUGCCUUGUCAUGUACGUGAAUCAUGAAUAAUUAUGUAACUACCUACUUGGGAAUGCCUUAUUCUCAUAGCCGAAAAAAAUUAAUGCACUUAACGUUGAAAUCCGGGCUCUAAUUAUAUAAUAUAUUGUUUGUAUACAAUAACAAUAUUAAUAUAUUCGGUCUGUUGCAACGGACCGCCUAAAAAUAAAAAAAACUUAAUCUUCGAUUUAAUCGAUUCGGUUUUCUGUCUGUCUCCCCACGUACCAUCCUUCUCGCGCUCUCUCGUCCUUGCUCUCGUUCUCUCUCUUUCUCUCUCUCGCUCUCGUUCUCUAUAUUCAAUUACCAUUCGUUUGUGAACAUUAACACGUCGUCUGUGGUACACGCUGACGUUUAUGUACGUGUAUUUACGGCCCACGCGUCUAUAUAAAAACGCGUUCGAUCCGCGACGGUCGUCGGAAAAAAUAAGAACGUUUACGAGACCCAAACGACUAAAUUGAUCGUAUUUAUAAUAACAAUGACAAGACUAGUAUGUACGGACCGUCAUCUGUUUUCGUUCGCCGGAAAAUGAAGGCGGAACGAGACAGAGAGAAAGAGAAAAUGCACUAGAAUCGCAGCCUCGGACACUCGGAAGAUAGGACUGUGAAUUAUCAACGGCAAGAUAUUAUUUUCCCCCCCGUAAUUUAGCUACGCCCAUACACGAUCCGAAUUAUUAUUGAUUUCCGGAAUAGGAAUCACGGACUCUGGUUUAACGAGCCUAAUGUUCUAAUGAUCAUAUGACAUAUAUGUAUGUAAAAAAUGUUAUUCAUAAAAACAUUUUAAACAAAAUGUACUAGAAAUAUUUUUUUGCUACUUGGGUAAUAUCAUAUUGUAUAUAUAUAUAUAUAUAUAUUUAAUCAAAACAAAUAAUUAAUUACAUUUUGCCAUCAAAUUAUGUUCUAGUGACUUGAGAUUCAAUCGAAUUAAGAAUAUCAAAUUGAAAUCAUUAGCUCACCUUACCGAGUUAAACACAUUGUAAGUAAAUCGUCGAUUUCAAUUCGCGGAUAUUACACGGCGAACUAUAUUAAAAAAAACAAAUAUUAUUUCAGGCUAUUAAACAACAAUCAAAUAAGCAGUUUGCAAAAUGGUAUCUUUGCGAAUCUCCGGAAUCUUCAGUUCUUGUACGAUUUAUUGCCUUAAAUAUUAUAUUUACAUUUAGUUAAAGUUAUGUUAUUCACUUACCGUGUUUAUAUGUGUCAGAUAUUUAUACAAAAACAAAAUCGAAUACGUCGAAACUAGGGUCUUUCAAAAUCUAACAAAUUUGGAGCAGUUAUACUUGCAUUUCAACAAAAUUCAAAAGCUCGAUUUGGAAAUGUUUCAAGGGCUCGCGAAACUCGAUCGACUGUAAGUAAAAUAAUUAUUUUCAUUCGAUAGACGAUCGAGCGAAGCACUGAGCAUUUUUAUACUAUUUAUACAAACAGAUUUUUACACAACAAUAAAAUAAGAACAAUUCCUCCGGGCACUUUUGAUUCGUUAAAGUCACUGUCACGUUUGUAAGUUUUAUUACUGUUGUAGUAUUUUGAAUAUUACAUAUAUUUUACAAAGUUAAACAAUGCCAUUUAGACGACUCGACAGUAAUUUGUUGACGUGUGACUGCGAUAUAGUAUGGCUGAUAAAUGUAUUGAAGAAAAAUCAAAAUUCAGGAGAAGUCGGACAGUUUGCGGCAACGUGUCAGUUUCCCGUUGAAAUGAACGGAAAGUCGUUGAUGGAAAUGACCGAAGCAGAUUUUCAUUGCGGUGAGUGUUAUACAUGUUUAGAGAUGAAAAAUAUUGUUACAUGGAUAACGCGGUUUUGUUUGUUAUUUCAGACGAAUUACGAUUCAAAGAAGAACCAAACGACGUGACUGUAACGUUUGGGGGUUCGGCGUUUUUCACGUGUAAGGUGGAAGGUAACCAAAACGUAAAAGUAAUUUGGACUCAUGACAAGUGAGACAUUAUAUUAUUCAGAAUAUAAAUAAAUUUGACUAUUAAAACCGUUGAAAUCUAAUCUAAUCUGUCUAUCUCAUGUAAUGAAUCGUGUAGCAACGAGAUUGAUAUGAGUGAUUCGAGGUAUUCAAUGACCGACGACGGGCUUAUGAUCAAAUCGGCUUCGUUGAAAGACGUCGGUACGUACGAAUGUAUGGUAAAAAAAAAGAACUCAAUGUUGAAGUCGCGACCUGCUAAAAUCAUAUUAGAGUCCCAGGUAUCUGGUUGUAAGUGCAUUUUUUUUUUUUUUUUUUUUUUACGUAACUUUGGUUUUUAUUAUUUUUGUAAUGAAUCUAUCGUUUAUAUCUGUAUAAAUAACCACAGGUAUUCCCGAACAAUACGUUAAUUAUAUCGAAUAUGGAAAGAAUUGAUGUCGGUCAUUAUAAAUGCGUGGCGUCCAAUUAUCUAGGACAAGUAUCGUCGGAGGCGAUGGUUAAUGUAAACGGUAAUAUCCUGUACAUAUACGCAUCAUGUUCUGUAUACAUCCACUUUAAAUCGUCUAAACCAAAAUGAUUAUUGUUUACAGCCCCGCCAGUCAUUAUAAGCGCCUCUCGUGACAUAAUUGUAAAAACGGCUGCUAGCGUCGAACUCAAGUGUCUAGUGGAAGGAUACCCGAAACCCGUCGUUACGUGGUUUAAAGACGGUCAUUCGAUUACGCCGGGUCCUAGAAUAUCUUUCCACAACGACAGUAAUUACUAUAAUAUUUUCACUAUCCAGCCAAACAAAUUAUUGUUUGUAUUAUUAAAUACUCGUAUGGUAAUAUUAUUACGUUUCGAAACGAAGGAACGAUGUUGCGUCUGGAUCACGUGAAAGACAGCGAUAAUGGCAUGUUCACGUGUUUGGCGCAAAACGUGGUCGGAUCGGCCGAAAGCAAUACCGAAAUAAAGGUUAGGGGAUACGGCCCUAGACGUCCGAAAAUCUUGAUAAAGCCGUUCGAUAUGGAAGCGCCCGAAAGAACAAGUAUAGAAGUACCGUGCAAAGCCGACGGCGAUCCUACACCGAAUAUUACUUGGACCAAAGACGGCGUUGACCUCGUCCAAGACCAAAAUCACAAGUUAGUGAGAUUUUGUAUACCAAUAUACAUAACGAUUAUAUAACGAAUAUAAAUACAACGAUUUUCAGGGUUAACGCUAUUGGGAGUUUACGUAUGUUCAAUAUAUCCUUCGCCAAUUCUGGCGUGUACGAGUGUACGGCUAAGAAUAUACACGGACAAGAAUCGGCUAGAGGCACAAUUGCAGUACUAGGUAACUAUAUUUCAAAAAUGCAUGUAAAUUGUCGGCUUUUAUGCGUUGUAUGCAUAUCAAUAGAGGAAUUUUGAUUUCAAGGUGAUGUACUGGAACAAUCGCCCGGCGACCGCUUCGUUAACUUGGCGUUCAGGGAGGCUAAUUUAGAAGUCGACAGAGCGGUGAACGCUACGAUCGAUUCAAUGUUCGGCACAAACGGCAAAGUUAUAAACCCAGAAAAGCUAAUGAGAAUGUCUAGGUUCCCGGACGUAUUUGCAAGAGACGUAGCAAAAUCGGCUGAUAUUUUCGAAAGGACUUUGGCAAACGUGCGAAAACACGUACAAGCCGGACUGAAAAUUAAUUUAACCGAAAGUAAUUAUUAUUAUUUAUUUACUCGCGAGUGUAUAGUUAUUUGAUAUAGUAUCUCAAAAUAAAUACAAUACAAUAUAUUCUAUAUAUUUGUUUUAGACUUUUCUUACAGAGACUUAUUGUCGGUGGAACAAUUAGACUUGAUCGCUAAUUUAUCGGGAUGUCUGAAAUAUCAAACGAAACCCAAUUGUAGUGAUAUGUGCUUCCACACAAAAUAUCGUUCCAUAGAUGGUACUUGUAACAAUUUGCAGAAUCCGUUAUGGGGAUCGGCGCAUACGAAUUUCAGACGAAUUUUAAAGCCAAUCUACGAAAAUGGAUUUAAUACGCCAGUUGGUAAAAAUAAAAUACAAAGUUUGAAAAAUAAUCUGACGAAACUGAAAAGAAUAAAUAUGUUUGAUAGGUUGGACAAGAGGUAUGAAGUAUUACGGUUUCGAAAAACCUGCGGCCAGAUUAGUGUCAACUUCUAUUAUUCGGACAAACGAAGUUACUUCGGAUAACGAAAUCACACACAUGGUAAUGCAAUGGGGACAAUUUUUGGAUCAUGACUUGAGUCACGCCAUACCGGCGACUACUAAGGAGAGUUGGGAAGGUUUGUGAUAAGAAAAAAAUAAAUAUAUUUUGAUUCGACGGCUACGUUGUGAAUGUAUUUACCAAUUAUUUCAAAUGUACGUUUUUUAUUUUACCGUAGGCCUAGACUGUAAAAAAACGUGCGCUUAUUCUUUUCCGUGUUUUCCAAUGGACGUACCACCAAACGACGAUCGGGUCAAGCACCGGAAGUGUAUAGAUUUUAUUCGAAGUAGUUCAAUAUGCGGUACAGACAUGACGUCAGUAUUCUUUGACAAAUUACAGCCGAGAGAACAGAUCAAUCAACUAACAGCUUUUAUUGACGGUUCACAGGUAAUGGUCGACCGUUUAGUAACCGACAAACGAAAAAACAAAAUGCACACAAUAUCAUUAAUUUGUCGUAUAAUAUUAUGUUUAAGAUAUACGGAUUUACGAACGACCGUUCGUUUAUAUUGCGAGACGUUCAAACAGGAUUCGGUAUGAUGCGAAGUGGCAUAUCGACGGAUCUCGGCAAAGAAAUGUUACCGAUUGCCGGAGCCGACGAAGUGGAUUGUCGACGGGAUCUCGUGGAAAGUGACACAGGGUGUUAUUUGGCCGGCGAUAUUCGAGCAAACGAACAAGUAUGAUUAUUAUUUAAACGGGCUACGGAGUACGUUUUAAUAGUGUUUUAUUAUACUUAUUACUGUAAAUUACUAGAAUAAUAAUAACAAACAAAUUAACGACCACCAUUCCAGGUCGGUUUGUUGGCCAUGCAUACGAUCUGGAUCAGAGAACACAAUCGUAUCGCUAAAGAGUUGCGAAAAAUCAAUCCGCACUGGGAAGGAGACACUUUAUUCCACGAAACGCGGAAAAUCGUGGGAGCGGAGUUGCAGCACAUAACCUUUAAACAAUGGUUACCCUACGUACUUGGAUCGAAAGGCAUGGACAUUUUAGGUCAAUAUCCGGGAUACGACCCGACCAUGAAUCCCUCCAUAUCCAACGUGUUCGCGACGGCCGCUUUCAGAUUCGGCCAUUCAAUCAUCAAUCCUGUUUUGGCUCGACUCGGUGACAAUUUCACUACCAUACCCCAGGUAUAUACUCUAUAGAUGCGAUAUAAUUACGUCUGGCGAUUAUUGUUCAAAUGAUUCUGGAAAAAACAAUCCGUUUUUGUUUCUUUUUUUUUUUUUUAUUAUAGGGCGAUUUGUCACUAGGGAAAUCGUUCUUCACUCCUUGGCGUUUAUCCGAUGAAGGGGGUACGGAUCCUUUGAUGCGCGGAUUUUUCGCGGUGCCCGCCAAGAGGAAAAUGCCCAAACAAAACCUGAACAAUCAGUUGAUCGACCAUUUGUUUACAUCGGCGCACGCCGUGUCCCUAGACCUAGCGGCCAUGAACAUACAGCGAGGUAGAGACCACGGUAUUCCUGGUUACAUGGAAUGGCGGACUGUGUGUAAUAUGUCUAAAGCCGAAACGUUCGACGAUCUUAAACAUGAAAUCAGCGACGACGACGUAAGAAAUAAACUCAAAGAACUGUACGGACACCCGGGUGAGAUUGCGUUAAUUUGUAUAUUUACAUACAUAUUAUGUACAAGAUUCACGAGCAAAUUAUUUUAUUUUUAUUUGUUGAUUUUAUUACAGGUAACAUUGACGUGUGGGUAGGCGGAAUACUCGAAGAUCAAUUGCCUGAAAGUAAAGUCGGCCCAUUAUUUCAAUGUUUACUCAUAGAACAGUUUAGAAAUUUACGAAACGGAGAUAGGUGCGAUUUUUUGUGCAAUUUUUUUUAGAAAAUCGAGUUUUCACAAUGUUUACAUUUCAAUGUGUUUUGAAUUCCCGUCAGAUUUUGGUAUGAAAAUCCGUCGACGUUUAGUUCGGCAAAACUCACACAAAUCAAACAAGCGUCUCUCGCUCGGAUUCUCUGUGACAACGGAGAUAACAUAACGCUGAUAUCGAGAGAUGUAUUUAAGUUACCUGAGUUGCAGUCACCAAAGUUACUGCCGUGCAAGUCGAUACCAAGCAUAGACUUAAGACUUUGGUUUGAAUGCAACGGAGGUAAGGCUAAUAUACUCGUAUCUAGUGCCUAGAUGUGAUGAUUUGUAAACAUGUGCAAGUACUAAUAGUUAUUAUGUAACAAUAUAAAGAUUGUCCCGGAGAAGAGAAAUCCAAAGAAGAAAUGAGAUCGAAAGACGCAUUCGUCAAAGCAAUGAACAUGACGGAAGGAAAACUAGAGGGUUUAAAGUCAGUGGUCGACGAAUUGAAACUGGACAUUAAGAGGUUGAAACGUGAAAUUAGACAUCUGACGAAAGUGAAUAACAAGGGUUGUUGGGACGAAACUCUUAAGAGGAGACGCAAAGAAGGACGGACUUGGUCCAGUAAAAUGUGCACUCAAUGUGAAUGCAGAGUAAGAUAUUAUACGAUCAUUUUAAGUAAAAAAAAAAAAAAAAAAACAUUUACUCAAUUCUUUAAUUAUUUACAAUGUUGAAAUUUAAAACAUGAAAUAGCGUUAAAUAACAAAUUUUUUCUUUUCAGAAUUCUCAAAUUUUGUGCAAUAGUAGGUGUUGAACAUUCACGAAACGGACCGUUAAGAUUUUUAUUAUUAUAUAAGAAUAGUUUACUUUUUGUGAAUAUUAAUUAAUAUAAUUAAGUGAAACUACCUAUAUGUGUGAUAUCUGGUUUAUAUAGUUAAUAUAAUAUACAGGCUGAUUGGUUUAACGUUUAAUGGCAAUAUAAUCUAAUAUUCUUUGAGAUUUCAUUAUGUAAAAAAUGUAAUAUUUUUCAAAAAAAAAACCCCGAAAAAUGAUUUAUUAUUAUAUUAUAAUUGAUAUUGAUAUUAUCGAUUUAUUUUAAUAUCGUACAAAUAAACGAUCAAAUUGAAAUGAUUUAAUCGAAAUCGUUAUACUUACUUAUAUUAUAUUGUCUUUCUUCUUUCCUUUGCGAAAUUACUCCCCGAGAGUCGUGGCCGUCACCACGACAUCACGUCAUCUGUCUUUUACUAUAUUUUUCCGGUUCUCAAUACCUUAUCUCACCGAGUCUUUCUCCACUCCAUCCAGCCAUACGUUAUAUACAGUUCUUGAAAGUACUAUGUAAUAGUUUAUACGUUUCUAUGGAUUAUUGAAAAUUAUUGACUGUAAUACUAUAUUUAGGUGUCAUAUAUUUUUUUGUUUGGUUUAAAUUUAAUAAAAUACUAUUAUUUUGUAUUGCAAUAUUUUAAUUAGGUUAAAUCUAAUCGAUAUUAUGUACAUAAAUUAGAUCUUAACUCGUGUUUUUGUCAUAGAUGUAUUUAAAAAAACUAUAUACAUAUAUAUUAUAUAAUAUAUAGGCAUAAGCCACUCCCCCCCCCCAGCACCAACAACAUAUUUGUUUGUUUAUGUCGUUACUGGUUUCAUAUAUGGCCUACUAUUUAUUGUAAUUAUUAUUUAGUUUUCUUGAUAAUAUAAUAGGUAAUAUUAUUGUCUUAAAAAUAAAUUAUACAUUUUUUGUUUUUUUAAAAAAAAGCCCGUCUUAAUCUAAUUAUAUAUUUUGUUUUGUUUUUUUUUUUUUUUUUUUUUUUUUUUUUUUUUUUUUUUUUUUUUUUUUUUUAGUGUCUUAUGUUCAUGACAAAUAUUGUUAAUUCGUAUAAUAUGUCGAUUGAUUAUCUAUCAAAGGUUGUGUAUUGAAUACCUAUUCAAUAACAUAUCCAUUCGUGAAAUCGAUGUAAUUAAAUUUGGUUGAUUUUAUAUUGCACAAUAUUAGUAACAAUAAUGUACUCGAGAGUAGAUCCAAUAUCUAUUUACGGUUAAGGCACUUACAAUCAUAAGCUCAAUAACUUUUUUUUUGAAAUUCGAGGUUUUUCACUUUAAAUGUAUUGGUUUAUUGUUAACAACUUAAAAACAGUCAGUGUGUGCUUUAAUUUUGGUUGCACUAUCAGAUAGUGAUAAAAACACACACAUUUUAUUGAAAAGUAAAAAUUAAAGUAUGUUUGGCAACACUUGAUGUCUAAGAACAAGCAUUUUUUUAAAAAAUAGCAAAUUUCAACUUUUAAAAAACUCAUUUUAUAAAACAAAAAUGUUCAAACUACAUUAAUUAUUCCUUAUUACUAUUAUUUAUUUAUUUAAUACAUUUCCUUACUAUUCAAUUUAUUCCAUUAUAUUGUAUGUUAUUAGCAAUAAAAAUCGUCAUUUAUAUGACAUUCUUUAUGUAUUUCAACUUUAAAUUGACAUCAAAUAUUAAUGUAUAAUAUUAUAGUUACAUGCUACAUACAAAACUGUAGUUAAAAAAAAUAUACUUUUUUUUUUAUACCAGGGUUGGAUUAGCCCUGGACUAGACAUGUCCCCUAGAUCUGCCUUCAAAUAUUUUUAUAGUUUAGGUAUUUACUUUAAGUGUACAUUUUGUAUUUCAAUUAUAUUAUACUGUUAUCUUUAAAAUAAAAUGAUUAAGUUUAAUUUAAUUUUACAGAAUCAGUAUAAGAUGUCUACUAUAAUAUUAUAUUAUAAGUGCUAUUAUCUGCUUAUAUAGUUAGUAGUUAUACAAUACACAUUUUACAUUAAGACUAUACAACCAAUUGGGAUUGAUUUUACAAAAAUGUAUGACAAGUAGGUAUUGUUAAUGAUAUAGUUUAAAUAAUAAACAAAUUAAAUGAGUUUAAUAAAAGUCAUAAAAGUCAUAAAAGACUCAUAAAAGUCAAAAAUAGAGACAAGUGAAUCGUAAUAAUUUUUGUAAUCGCUUACAAAUCAUCAUUUUAUCGACCUAUGUCCUUAAUAUUUA